AUGGACCGCAGGGAGGAGCCCCUGGCCGGGCACCCGCGGUACAAGAGGCUGAAGGACCUGAGCUCGGGCGGCUUCGCCUUCGUUCAGCUGGCGCUGGACAGGGACACCGGCGAGAAGGUGGCCAUAAAAUUCCUGCUGCGCGGCCCCAACAUCAACAAGAACGUGUGGCGGGAGGUUUUCAACCAUCGUCCCCUGCUGCACCACCAUGUGAUCCUGUUCAAGAGGGUGUUCCUGACGACAAGGUACCUGGGCAUAGUGCUGGAGUACGCGCCUGGGGGUGACCUGCUGACGUUUGUGCAGAGGCGGGGAAUGUCGGAGGAGGUGGCACGCUGGUUCUUCCAGCAGCUCAUCAUAGGCUUGGACUAUCUGCACCGGAUGGGGGUGGCGUCGCGGGACAUCAAGCCGGAGAACGCGCUGCUGGACGAUAGGGAGUGGCCCCUGCUGAAAAUCUGCGACCUUGGCUGGUCCAUCGGGGACGAGGACUCGCCGGCCAGGUCGUCCGUGGGCACGCGGCCCUAUUACGCGCCGGAGGUGGUGUGCGCCGCGCGCGGCGGCCCUUACGACGCCAAGCGUGCGGACAUCUGGUCCUGCGGCGUCUUCCUGUACGUCCUGCUUGUGGGCGCCUACCCCUUCGAGGGCGCAGGCGACCCCGAAGACAGCAGCCCGAACGUGCUGACGCGCAUUGUCGACGUUGACUACGCGGUGCCGAAGGGCGCAAUGUCCGCCCAGGCCGAGGGCCUGGUCGCCAUGCUGCUGCGGAAGGACCCCGAGGAGAGGCCGUCCAUUCGGGAGAUCCAGGCGCACCCGUGGUACCGGGUCGGCCUGCCCCGGGGGGCAACCGAAAUGAACGACGCGUUGGUGAUGAGGAUGGACAGCGACAUGCAGCCCGAGGCGGACAUAUUGGACAUACUGGCGGAGGCGGUCAGGUUGCCUGACGAGUAG